AUGGCUUCCGACGGUCAGCCUUCGGCGCUGCAUACGCCCGCUCGUCCAAGAGGUACGCUGGGGCUCAGACGCACUGCUCCCUCUGCCAUCGCCAGCACCAAAUUUGCGUCGCCAUCUUCAAUCGCUACCGCCACCUGCAAUGAUACCGCCAAUCCAACAAAGAGGGCAAGACUGGUGCUUCCAACCCAGCAAGGGGACGCCGACGACGCCGACGCAUCCGAGCACUUGCCAAUCGGAACAGUCGCUGCCAACGAAACUCCCGCUUCACAUACCUUCUUGCUCAGCCGCAAUACUUCCAAUCAGGGCAUCAAUGGCUCUCCUGGAACGAGUUCAACCAAUGCGAUUGCCGGCUCAUCCAGUCGAAACGGCCCUUACUACCUCUGCACCUGGAGGAAGCCACAGCACAAAAAGCACAAGACCUGGGAUGGCGACGCACUGCUCGUUGUCAAAGACGGAGGCGAGCGUUGUGCCCUCAUCUGCUCCGAGACAGGCAAGGACCUCGUCACAUCAGCUCGCUUUGCGUUCAAUCGCCUUUCCUCUGGCGACGAAUUGGCGCUCGGUGGCAAGGAAAUCGAGAUCGAUCGCGAGAUCGAUCAAGCAGAAUACCGCAAGAUGGUCGCGUUCACUCGAGGCGAGCUCUCACCCGUCAAGAAAGGCCCUCCUCCGACUGCUAUACGUACGCCAAAGCCUUUCGUUGCACCAAUCCGACGUUCCGCUAUCAAACCUGUCGACAUUAAUCAGAUUGCACCUGCUCGAGCAGAAACCUUUUACGGCAAACCAGCUCCAAAGCCUUUGCCUAUCGAUCUCGAUGACGACGCGGCCACCUCGCGCUCUGCUAGCCCAUCUCGUGUCAGCGGUCUCAUCAACCCCGGUCAAGGCAGGAAGGCCCAUCCUCGCUUCGAUCCCGACGAGCCAGGCGCCAUCGUCAUGAAGAGACCCGACAGAGGGCAUCAAAAGCGAAACAAUCCAGACAAUCGUCCGAUAGUCGAUGUCGUGCUCGAUCCGCAUCUCACCAAGGCAUUGCGACCGCACCAAGUCGAGGGUGUCAAAUUCCUCUACGAGCGCACCAUGGGUAUGCAUGCAAAUGGCGAAAAGGGCAAAGGUGUCAUCCUGGCAGAUGAGAUGGGUCUCGGAAAGACGCUCCAGACCAUCGCGCUCAUUUUGACCCUCAUGAAGCAGAACUGCUACUACACGUCCAAAUCCUGCACCGUCGAACGCACCGUCAUAGUGUGUCCACUUACGCUCGUCAACAACUGGAAGCGCGAAUUCCGCAAGUGGAUCGGCACCAACUCUCUCAAUGUCCUCUGCAUCGACGAGGGAAGAGGCCGAGAGGAUGUCGAGCGAUUUGCCCGGUCCAGGGCCUACCACGUCAUGGUCAUCGGCUACGAAAAGCUUCGAACGUGUAUGGACAUUGUCAAGACUGCACAGCCGCCUGUCGAUCUGAUCGUUUGCGAUGAAGGCCACAGGCUCAAAUCCAAGGACGCUCUGACCACCAUGAUGUUCGACGAGCUCUCGGUCGAACGCAGGAUCAUCCUGUCAGGAACGCCUAUUCAGAACAAUCUCUCCGAGCUCUACGCCAUGAUCGACUUUGUGGUUCCGGGCAUGCUCACCAGCCCAGAGAGCUUCAAAGCAACCUUCGAGGAGCCCAUCAUCCGCUCGCGCGCCAAGCACUGUUCGCCGCACGACAAGGCUACUGGCAAAGCACGCCUCUCUGCGCUCAUGGUCAUCACCAAAGACAUCAUUCUCCGCCGUACCGCCGACCUUCUCAGCAAAUUCUUGCCGCCAAAGAAGGAGAUGGUGCUCUUCUGCAGCCCGAGCCAGGAACAGAUUCGUAUCUACCAGUCCAUCCUCGGGUCCAGCGAGGUACGCUCGCUGCUGCGUGGCGACGCUGGUAAUGGGCUUUUGCAGAUCGGCGUGCUGCGAAAGCUCUGCAACACUCCCGAGCUCUUGCUCAAAGAUACGGAGUCAAGCGCCGAGACGCCUACUAAGGCACUCGUCGGCGACCUCACACGCUUCUUCCCGCCCAACUUUGUGCGCAAUGAAGCGAGAUUCAGCGGCAAGCUCAUCUGCGUCAUGAACUUGCUUGAGACGCUGAGAGCACAGACGGACGACAAGGUGGUGCUCGUCUCCAACUUCACCAGCACUCUGGACGUGGUCGAGUACAUGAUGAGGAAGAAGCGGUACUCGUAUCUGCGACUUGACGGCAAGACGCCGCAGGACGAGAGGAUGGCCAUGGUCAACCAGUUCAACCGCGAAGGCGUCCACAACUCGUUCGUCUUUCUACUGUCUGCGAAGAGCGGUGGUGUGGGUCUCAACCUAAUCGGUGCCAAUCGUCUGGUGCUCAUCGACUCGGACUGGAACCCGUCGACCGACCUGCAGGCCAUGGCACGUAUCCACAGAGACGGACAGAAGAAGCCAUGCUACAUCUAUCGACUGCUGCUCUCCGGCACCAUGGACGAAAAGAUCUACCAACGACAAAUCUCGAAGCUCGGCUUGUCGGACUCGCUCAUGAACGCACAGAAGAAAGCCACCUCGGACACAUUCUCGCAAGAGGAACUGCGCGACAUCUUCACUCUGCAUCUCGACUCGAGCUGCAUCAGCCACCGACAGCUGAUCUGCGACUGCGACGGCAAGGGAGGCAGCGCUACCGCCAACAAGAUCGGACCAGCCGAGCUGGAUACGCUCAACAGCAGCCAGAGCUCGAUCAAGAGCGAAGAUGAUGAAGAACUGCCAGGCUUCAUUGCCGCAUCGCAGCAUAUUGUGGAUAAAGCGGCGGCGGACAAGCUCGAGAGACGCAAGAAGCUGCUCGCGCUGUACAAGUGGGCGCACUACGACUGCGUGCAGCAUCCGGACGCAUUUGUCGAGGACGAGAUCGUGGCAGGUCUCAUCCGUAAGGCUCGACGAGAGGGCCAGUCGAGGGGGGCUGGCCCGUCACGCAUCAAGGCGGAGCCGGUCGAUGAGUGGAGCAAGGGCAUGCAGGACCGAGGCGACGAUCUGUUCUUUUCAGACGCCUCUGAUGCGGAAGUGCAUCUGGACGGUGAGGAUGCUGCAGGAUUUGGCGAAGACGACUUCCGACUGGACGAAGUCGAAGCAGGCAGGAUCUUGUUUGUGUUUGCAAAGAACUCGGACCAGACGACGGACCAAGCGGCAUCGCCGACGGCGACCAGUCCGCCAGCUCUCGACUGA